AUGAAUGCCUACAAAACACGUCUAAUCCUUCUAACUGGAGACAUGUUCUUCGCAGCUCUGCUGACUACUGCACUGAUCAUCAUUGUACAGUCCCACUACCAAUUCUCAGAAGAGCUGAAAGAGAACAUUGACAAGCGAAGAAUGUCUGACAUGAACCCACCGCGUUGCUCAGUUCGACGUUGUGAAACUUCACCGCAUGUUUGUGAGAAAUCACAAAUGAGACGCUGCUAUAGUGCUCUAGAAAUUAUGACAUCAACCUUGGGGAAAAAUAUUCUGUGCGACACCAAAACUGACGAGGGUGGAUGGAUUUUUAUUCAGAGGCGAAUUGCAGGUGAUAUGGAUUUUGUAAAAAACUGGGCAGAAUACAAACAAGGAUUUGGCUCAUUAAGUGGGGACUUUUGGAUUGGACUUGAUUUUAUACACAGGCUAACAUGGCAAAUAAAUCAUGAACUGAGAAUUGAUUUAAAGUUUCAAAGAAGAUCCUACUACGCAAAGUAUAGCUCUUUCUAUAUCGACAGCGAAGCCAACUUUUACACCCUUCAUGUGAGUGGCUAUUCUGGAGACGCUGGUGAUGGUAUGGAUUACCAUAAUAAUCUAAGAUUCAGAACCAUUGAUAGACCAACAAGUAAUCACUGCUCAAGAUCAUACAAAGCAGGCUGGUGGUUUGACAGUUGCUACCACGCCUUCUUGAAUGGUUUAUGGGUUGAGAACAAAACAUAUGACGGGAUACGAUGGGAUCCGAUUAGUUUAGAAAACACUCUUCAAUCAGCAGAAAUGAAAAUUCGCAGAAAAUAGCCAGUGUGGCCGUUGGUGCCAAUUUUUACCCAGUACCACUAUUUGAAUUGUUUUGGUCAGCAGCCAUUUCGUUUUA